AGGUUUUGGUCCCUGCUGAUACACGUCCCUUUUCUCAUUCAUAAAAUAGUCCCAUCUACUUGUAGAGAAUCAUAAAGGUGUAAUCAGGAGAAGAUCAAAAUGAACGAAUCAAGUUCUUCAACCAUGCAUUUCCCUAUGAGUAUCAGCCAAAUUGAGCUUCUGAAUGGCUCUAACUUCAGAAAAUGGAAAUCGGACAUUGAGCUCAACUUGGGAAUACUUGACUAUAAUCAUGUGCUCAAGGAGGAUCCACCUGAGGAAUUGACACCAACUGCAAGCAGGGAGGCCAAAGAGAAGUUUGAAAAAUGGCACAAACACAACAAAAUGGCUUUGAUCAUGAUCAAGAAAAGCAUACCUGAUAAUGUGAGAGGAGGCAUUCCAGAUUCUGAGUAUGCCAAGGAGUUCUUCAACUCCAUUGCUGAGAAGUUUAAAAUCUCAGAUAAGGCUGAGAUAAAUAAUCUCAUGAAAUCACUCAUGAGAAUGGAGUUCAUUGGGAAAUGCAGUGUUAGAGAAUUCAUCAUGAGAGGUUCUAAUGUUGCUGGAAAACUAAGGGGACUGUUGUGCCAUUGA